AUGAAUCACCUUUAUAAUCAGAUAGUGUUAUUCGGAGAUUCGAUUACUCAGGGUGCAGAGCUUUCACAAGCUUACGUGAGAAAGUUGGACGUCUACAAUAGAGGGUUUUCAGGUUACAAUACCGAAUGGGCAAAAGAAUUGUUGACUCAACUACUUCCCAAUCAUGAUUCCAAGGAACAAUCGCAAAACUCAAAUAGAGUCAAGAUAGUUUUGAUUAAAAUCUUCUUUGGUGCCAAUGAUGCCGCCCUGAAACCUAAUAAGCAACACAUUGACCUUGACAAAUAUAAAGAAAAUCUGACUCAAAUGGUUAACAUGGUAAAGAAAUCAGAUUCAGAGUCACCACCUCGAGUGAUACUCAUUACUCCUCCACCUCUUGAUGAAGAAGCGUGGUGGAAUACCCGAGGAAUGGAAAUAGAUAGGAAAUCCGAGGUUACUCAUCAAUAUGCAUUAGCCUGUCUGCAGGUAGCGCAAGAGUUGAACGUGCCGGUG